AUGGCAACGGCAGAGCCAACCACUACGGCAGAACUGUCAGAACUAAAACAACAGCGAGCCUCGACGAAAGCGAGUAUUUCAAGAAUCAAGGCGUUCGUCAAGGGAAAGAGUAAUUCGCUCUCACAACCAGAACUGAAAUGUCGACUAGGUAUUUUAGAAUCAUAUUUUAAACAAAUCUUAGCUUUUCAGACGUUGAUCGAGAAAUUAGAUGCAACUGACUCAGCUAGAGAUGAAUUAGAAGACCUAUACGUUUCCACCAAAGUAUUAAUCAUGUCUCAACUGCAGGAAGAGGCCCACAAUGCAUCAGUGCUAGACGUAACAGCAAUGAUGCCCACCUCAAAUCGCGAAAUAUACCUCACAAAUAUUGAAAAAUUUAAUCACUUACUGAAUUGCCUUACUGGUCAAGCUCUAGAGACAGUACAGGCAUUUCCUAUUUCGAAUGAAAACUAUCCAAAGGCUCUGGAGAGGCUUAAAUCGCGCUAUGACAAUAAUAGCCUAAUCUUCGCCGAAAAUAUCGCGACACUAUUUGAUCUACCAGCAGUAUCGGGUCAGUCAAGCCAACAACUUCGUAGUCUGGUAAACAAUGCAUCCGCUUUGUAUGGUUCACUCUGUUCGCUAGGUACAGAGAAACAAAUAUGUGAGGCUCUACUUAUCUCGCUAAUCAUGCAAAAAACGGACGCAAUUACACGUAGGAAAUGGAAUGAAUCGCGUAACUUUGACACAUUACCCAGUUGGGAAGAUUGCUCAAAAUUGUUGGAUAGACACUGCCAGUUUCUCGAAUCACUUGACAGUGGAAACGGCAAUCAGUCAUCAUCACAACGUAAACCUAAUAGUCUUAACUCCAAGACUAACAGACGCUCAAAACAAUACGCAUUUGUUGCAUCUACAUCUAGCAAUUCUUGCUCAUUUUGUUCUAGCAAUGAACACCUAAUACAGAAUUGUCAUCGUUUUAAGGCACUGGAGGUGGUUCAAAGAUUUGAAAAGGUGAAGAGCCUAAAACUCUGCAUAAACUGCUUAUCGCCACGCCAUCAUGUGGUUAAUUGUACAUCAACGUUUAAAUGUAAGGUUUGCGCAAAGCCACAUCACACUCUCUUGCAUCAUUCGCAAUUGCCAACGAAUAUUAAGAGCGCGGGAUCAUCACGACGCACAGAACACGCUGCUAUGCCCAACGACAACGUUGCCAGCCAUUCCCAUCUUAAUAUGUCAUCGGCCGAGCAAAUAAUUCUUGCCACGGCAUUGGUUUUAGUGAAGGAUUCAUCGGGAAGUUAUCAAGUGGGUAGAGCCUUACUUGAUUCAUGCUCUCAGGUCAACUUCAUAACGGAGGAGUUUUCAAAGAAGCUUAGUUUAGCAAAACAUAAACAUCGGUUGCAUGUUUCCAGUAUUGGUAGUUCGUUGACCAACAUUAAGUAUCAGACGCUCACAUCAAUCAAAUCUCGUCAUUCAAAUUUUGAACUUGCUUUAAACUUUGGUAUUACGAAUCACAUCGCAUAUCAACCAAGUUCUGAAAUCGAUAUAUCGUCGUGGAAGGUUCCACCAAAUACACCUCUCGCCGAUGAGCAAUUCUUUAAAUCCAAGCGCGUUGAUCUUUUGCUUGGAGCUGAAAGAUGGAUUGUAUCUGGCAAGUACAAGGGUCAGCCAUUUGCAUCACCAGCAGCAAAAUGCCUAUUAUCAGUUGAAGAUACAGUCUCCGAUCAAUUAGAAAUGAUGUGGAAGAUAGAGGAAGUGCAAUCGGCUUCAAAAUCAUGGUCACCAGCACAUGUUGCGUGUGAGUCAUUAUAUCGUGAAACGGUUCACCAAAAUGCGAUGGGAAGAAUUGUCGUUCGGUUACCAUUCAAAGAUUCACCAGAUUGUCUUGGUUUGACACACAAUAUCGCCUUGCGCCGUUUUUAUUCUGUAGAACGGCGAUUGUCAUCUAAUCGUGCACUGAAGCAAGACUAUCAAGAAUUCAUGAAACAAUAUCGAGAGCUCGGACACAUGACGCGUGUUGAGACUCCGAAAACCAACGAACCUCAUUAUUAUAUCCCUCAUCAUUGUGUUUUAAAACCGUCGAGCACUUCGACCAAGCUGAGGGUGGUUUUUGAUGCGUCAUGUUCAACAACUUCGCAACGUUCAUUAAAUGAUAUUCUACUGGUCGGCCCGACAAUUCAGCCGGAGUUAUACUUGUUGCUACUUCAAUUUCGUUUGCACCGAUAUGCCUUGACGGCUGACAUUGUUAAGAUGUACCGACAGAUACUGAUAGAUGAACCAGAUCGAAAAUUCCAAUAUAUUUUUUGGCGAGAUACGGAGUCCGAUCCUGUUAGUACUUACGAGUUGAAUACAGUCACUUAUGGUACUGCAUCAGCACCUUUCCUAGCAACCAGGAGUUUGCAGUAUUUGGCGGACAAAUUUGAAACACAAUACCCAAUAGGCGCUGCACUCAUUAAAUCAUCGUUCUUUGUCGACGACUUCUUAGGUGGAGCAGAUUCCAUUGAUCAACUCACCAAUAUCAGACAUCAGUUAACGGCCAUUCUACAGAAGGGUUGCUUCGAUCUUGACAAAUGGCAUUCAAACCAUCAUGACUUCAUCAGCGAUACUACAACAAAGAGUUUGAAUCUUGAUACAGAUACAGUCACCAGCGCUCUAGGCAUCAAGUGGCACCAAAUGCAAGAUGUUUUCCUAUUUUCGUUUAAUGCGCAACCAGGUCAUAUUGUAACAAAACGCACCAUCUUAUCCCUUGCGUCUUCAUUAUUCGACCCGCUUGGAUUACUAGCACCGAUCAUACUCGUAGCCAAAAUUAUGAUGCAAGAAUUGUGGCUUUUGCGUGUGGACUGGGACGAGUCAGUCCCUCAAAAUCUUCACUCAGCUUGGAAAACAUUUAUUCAAGAUCUUACAACGCUUUCAUCGGUUAAGGUGCCGAGAUACUGCCUAUUCAUAAACUAUCAACAGGUUGAUGUACACGGUUUCUGUGACGCUUCAAUACGCGCAUAUGGUUGCUGUAUAUUUCUCCGAUCACAAAACACAUCAGGUAAGGUGACGGUCAGGCUAUUCACUGCAAAAUCCCGUGUGGCACCUAUAAAGCGGAAGUCGCUACCUAAACUAGAACUCUGUGGUGCCUUACUUCUUGCCAAACUGUAUCAGAAGGUCCAACCAAUAUUUGCGCAAUUUAAGGGUGAAACGUUUUUUUGGACUGAUUCACAGAUUGUAUUACAUUGGUUGAAGCAGCACUCAUCAACCCUGUCUGCAUUCGUUGGCAAUCGAGUAGCGGAAAUUCAAGAUAUUACCGCAAAUGGGCAAUGGAGACACGUUCCUACCCAAUCCAACCCGGCAGAUGUUGUGUCGCGCGGCUGUAACAUCCGCCAAUUAUCAGAGUCUUGUUGGUUUACGGGGCCGGAAUUUUUGUUACUCGCUGAUAAAUACUGGCCGCAUUUGAAAUGUCACAACCUGGAUAUGGAAGAAGUCAAUAAAGAGACGCGAAAGGUUGUAUUCGUUAACACAAAUGAAGACAACUACGUAUUACAGGUAUUGUCAAGAUAUAGUUCAUACACUAAGAUGCUACGAGUAAUAGCGCAGGUACAGCGUUUUUAUCAUGUAACCAAGAAUAAAUUGAAGAACGGAGAAUGUACCCUCCAACCUAUUCAGCUACAAAAGGCAUUGCACUGUAUUAUUUGGGUCAUCCAACAGCAAUUCUUCGAAAUUGAUAUACAACGCCUACAACGAGGGAACCCAGCCGAAGGUACAUUAAAGCAUCUAAAUCCCUUCCUGGACAAUGUAUUCGGUUAUCAAUUACUAAAG